CGAUGAUGAGGUUGGCGUGUACAGAGUUCUAGAUAAAAAUGUUACCAUUCCUGCGUCAUGAACCAUACAGUUUGCAGCGAUUUGUGUAUAAUAUAACAUAGUGUGGAUGUGUUUCUACUGAAAAAUAUGGAUUCAAAAUAGGAUCAUGAUAAGGAAUACGUGCCCAAAUCACCGUCAGAUCAGAUGAAGACGACCCAAGUGGUAGCAAAUACGGCAGAAUGGAAGAUGACAAUAUGCAAGACAAGGAAAGAUUUGCCAGAGUAGGGAGAACCAUUGCGAAAUCGAACGGCGGAGGCGGAACAAGAUGACAGCCUACAUCACCGAACUGUCAGACAUGGUGCCCACAUGCAGCGCUCUUGCCAGAAAACCCGACAAGCUGACCAUACUCAGGAUGGCCGUCGCUCAUAUGAAGCAACUCAGAGGUACUGGCAAUACGAGCACAGACGGCACCUACAAACCAUCCUUCUUGACCGACCAAGAACUGAAACAUCUCAUCCUGGAAGCAGCUGACGGGUUCCUUUUCGUCGUUAGCUGCGAUACGGGUCGAGUAAUCUACGUUUCGGAUUCAGUCGCUCCCGUCCUUAACUAUUCGCAAAGUGACUGGUAUGGGUCCUGCCUUUACGAUAACAUUCAUCCCGAAGAUGUGGAAAAAGUUAGGGAGCAGCUUUCCACCCAGGAGCCGCAGAAUACCGGCAGGAUUCUCGAUCUCAAGACUGGUACUGUCAAAAAGGAAGGGCAUCAAUCUUCGAUGAGAUUGUGCAUGGGAUCCAGAAGAGGGUUCAUUUGUCGGAUGAAAGUGGGGAACAUGUCCCCAGAAAGCAUGAGCGUCGGGCAUCUGAAUCGACUGAAGCAAAGAAACAGUUUGGGGCCUAGCCGUGAUGGACAGAACUACGCUGUUGUGCAUUGUACAGGCUACAUAAAAAAUUGGCCACCAACAGAUAUGUUCUCAGGUGUGCAACUGGACCGGCAGACUGAGGAUGACAUCCAUUCAUCCCAUUGUUGUCUGGUGGCUAUCGGAAGACUGCAAGUUACGUCAACACCCAAUACCAGCGACAUGUCCGGAUCGGGAGGCAACGCGGAGUUCAUAUCCAGACAUUCCAAAGACGGAACGUUCUCUUUCGUCGACCAAAGGGUUAUGGGACUGCUCGGUUAUUCCCCACCUGAGUUGCUUGGGAAGAGCUGUUUCGAUUUCUUCCAUCCCGAGGAUCAGACGCAUAUGAAAGACAGUUUUGAGCAAGUGUUGAAGCUGAAAGGCCAAGUGCUAUCAGUAAUGUACAGAUUUCGUGCGAAGAAUCGCGAGUGGGUGUGGCUUCGCACAAGCGCGUUUUCCUUCCUGAACCCAUACACCGACGACGUGGAGUACAUCGUCUGCACAAACACGCCGGCCAAGUCGCUCCAGGCGACCACAGAACCAGUCGCUGAGACCGCAGAGCAAGUUACCUACCAGCAACCGGGCCUGGACUACAGUUUGCCGCAAAGGAGGGACGCCGGAGCCGGAAUCUACUCCCACAUGCUUUCCUCUACACAUAUCCAGAGCGAGUACCUGUCCAUGCCGACUCCUUCAUCCUGCAAUGAUCGUCCUGACGAUUCCCGGUUUACCAGGCUGUUAGCUGAUCCUCAGCAACAGACCACGAGACCCAACAGCGGACAGAAUGUCUACACCAGCUACGAACCGACGGCUUCGCCAAUCACGUAUGGUUCACCUUCCCAAGCCAGCGGUGCCAGUAAUAAUGCUGGCGUAUUAUCGAGGUUAAGUAAAGGAAGUACCACGAGCCCAACACCAGCAGCUGCAGCUUGGACUUUACGGCAACCUCAACCACCUCCAGAGGGUUACCAAUAUAGUCAACCUAGUCCCAGAUCGCCGGGUCCCACGUAUACCCAGCUGAGCGGGGGUUCUAGAGCUGGGCCCAAUCCAGCAGCGGCAGCUACCUACCAAUGGACCAGCUGGCAAAGUUCGACGCAGACUUCUGAAGCCGGUCCUGGAUCAAGUGGUUCAGGACCUCCCGCACAGCCGCAGCCUCAUGAGCUGACCGACAUGCUGCAGAUGCUCGAUCAAAGCGGAGCCACGUCCUUUGAAGAUUUAAACAUGUUCAACACAAACUUCGAAUAAAUCGAUUCAAAGUUUGUGUUGGGCAUGUUCAACCAUCAGGUUGUUGGGCGAUUUUUCGAAUGGUUCCAGCAGAAAUCAAAGUGAAGUCAUUGAUAAUAUUCCUUUUUCGUGAAAAUUGUUUUUUGUUGCCAAAAUCGAGGUUCUAGGUUAUUCAGCAGACACCUUGUGUGAAAUAGCAAAAGCGUCAUCUAUAGCUUCUUGUGAAUAACGUUCUAAAGAUGCUGCAUUAAGGUUGAUUCUCACUAUACAUUGCGUUUCCAUUCCGUAACCGUUCCGUAAAUUAUUGAAAUUAAAUAUUCGCCUUCGCCUAAAGCAGGCUAUUGCGUGUGUAUGCACAUUAUCCGUAAUGGUACGAUUCCACCAAAAUAGUGUUCAGCACAUUUGUUUACAAACAUUUUGUGUGAAACUCCAGCAUUGAAUGUGCUCAUUGGUAUCGAAUUUAUCUUCUGUGUCCACCGGCAAAGCAGUGCAUAACUUUUGUAAGCGUACAGUGUAGCGCACUUGUGCACGAACAUGUUUACGAAGCAAAGUUCUCACUAACUUCAGUUCUUAAUAUGGAUGGGCGGGAAUACGUAGUGUUUUGUGCUGCAGCUUGUGUUUUAAUAGGUAGUCUGCUUAAAAAGAAACGAAGAAGAAAACCACGAUGUUGGGUGAGGCCUUUUCUGCAGCGAUGGAAUGAAGAAACGAAUAGAUUUGUAGAAGAAAUAAAAAUAGAUCCCUUAAGUGGAUUUAAAAAUUUUACUCGUAUAUCGUGUGAAGAUUUUGAGUUGCUGGUCAAUGCACUUAGUCCUCAUAUUGCAAAGCAAGACACCAACUACAGAAAAUGUGUCCCUGUUUCAAUAAGGCUUAUUUAUAGCUUUUAUUGCCCAACAGAUAAUAUUCCAUUUAUAGGCCAAAAUCUUAAAUUAGAAAUAUUACAAAAGCCUAACUUAUAAAAAUAUCUAAGGCGCUCUCGCAGAACACAUUUUAGCUCCGAAAUAGAACAUAAAAAUAUGUCACAAAACUUACAAAUACUAUUAUAAUUCAAACACAUAACCCUUUCAGGUGAUUUCAAAAUCAAAUUUAUGUUAGCACGACUGCAAAAGAAAGUAACAUUACAUCUUGCAACGGAUCUUGGCGUUAAAAACUGUAGUUGUGAUAACAAUAUAAAAUAACAAAUAAUAAAUCUGAAAACCCAGAACCUGAAGAUUUUGAAUUCGCUAUUUUCUUCUUUUCUCUUCGGUACCGAGCCAAAAUAAUCUUCCAUUGUCUCAGUCAAGUCAUAAUUGAAACUUUGAGCCAACUCUUGAGUGGCGUCGUGUUUUUUGUUUCUGUUUCAAUUGCUUGAAUAAAUUUUAUAAUCCUAUCAUUCGUCCAGUCCAUUUUAAAAUUCGUAAAAGAAGUGCGCGUACAAACAAAUGUUUUCAGUCCAGGAGCGGAAGCAAUACUGAGUUCGCGAACAACAAGUAUGUAUCCGCCGACGCGAGUCCACUGCUUGCAUGUGCGCGCGCACAAAAGUAACUGAUGUUCGCGAACGUUUCCGAAAUGUUUGCGCACCGUUUGCUAUUGUUUGCGUGAGUGAGUCGACCAGAAGAAACAUUUGUGCUGUACACUAUGCAUUAGAGUGCCGCACAGUUCAGCACACUGGUGGAAUCGCAUCUAAGGUAUACUGUGUAUACAAUCACAUUGUACGGAAGGUUUACGAAACUGAUAUGGAAUGGAAACGAAAUGUAUAGUGAGAAUCAACCUUUAUUAGGUGUUUUUUGUCAGAGACUGUAAAAAACAAAAUAUUUUUUCGAUGCAACCGCAUUUGUUACUGAUUGUUAGUUUUUGUUGGGCCAGCAUUCAAUUAUUCCAUUAUUCAAACCAAAAGUCCGAAAUCAACUAAACAUACAACUAAGUAAAAACCACAAAACAAAAAAUGUCUAAGCCAAAAUAGUCAUAAGAAGUCUGCAUAAGGUAAUCUCAUAAUUUUUGGUAAAUAAACACUUAAUAAAAGUGGAUGAACUGGCAGUUCGCCACUUGGUAUAUCGCAAACCGCUUUUUUUGUCAGUUUUUAGCUUUAUUUUAGGUUCUAACUCCUUUACGGUAAAGAAUCUGGAAAUAUCUAGAUAAUUAAAAAAACGUGGAAAAUGAGAAUGUUUUCGGCAUUUUGGUGAACGUGUCAUUUCGGUAGAAAUGCCAAAAAUCGAUGGGUUCGGCAACACUGUUGGGAACUAAAUUCAAAAAAUUGAUACCGUAAUAUGAAUAAAAUUUUGUGUUCGUGGCAGGCGGCCUUAAGCAGUAAACAAGAACAGUUUUUUCUUAAAAUUGUUUUCAAUCGCUCUAUUAAUCCUGAUUUGUUAGAUAAGGAACUUCGGUUUGAAACUGACAUAUUAAGUCAUAUGAUCAGCCUAAGAAUGUUCUCUGUCGAGGGUUGCGUUUUUGGGUCGAUUUUCUUGAUAACUGGCUUUGAUUGCUGCCAGAGAACUGGAAAACUGUGCAACAACUUUAUAUAUUUUUGUAUACUUUGUAAAAUAAUUGGAGUAUUUUGUUUUUGUUUGUAAGGGAAUCAGUGAUCGAGUGAUUGUAAUGGACACAAGGCAACUCGAAUGUUAGUGAAUAAAAUUAAAACUGUGUUGUGGCGUCCAGAAUGUAUAGCUUAAGAUUUUGGCAUAUCGCUAUAUUACCCUUAUUAUCGUGACAUAGUCAGUAUACUCAAUUAUGUUAUUUUUAAGAGAAAUGCCACAUUUGCAAAGGCAAUCUCAAAACGCCAUUGGUUAUCUCCAAAAAAUACAAGGUGUAACAGAAAAGGGUUCUACAUGAUCAUGGGAAAGUAUAAUUAGAUUGCAUCAGCUCUUAAAUUCUCCAGGAACGCCAGUAUUGUGCAGUUGACUACAUUUGUAAUGACUUAUUCAGUUUGUAUCAGAAGUACGAGCUUCUCGGGACUUUUUUGUUACAUCGUGUGUAAAUGCCUUGCAUUUGCAAUGUGGUGCAAGAUAGCUAAAUCUUGACAUUGUCUAAAGUACAACUGCGAUUUGUUUACUUUUUACUUAAUUAGAUACAUUUUUUUAACCCUUUAUAAAAUUGCAAUGCAGUUGAUAUUUUUGUAGGUUCUUUAUACUUUUCUUGUAUAAAACAAAGCACAACUUAUAUUGUUUGAACAAUGUUAGGAAAAUUGAAGGUUUAUAUUUUAAUGCUACAACUUGAAAAGUC